GCAACACCAAGAAGAACAAUUUAAAUGUUAAGAAUAUUUUUAUGUGCAACCUUAGCAUACUGCGUACCAGUGCUAAGAUUGACAUCAGACAGUUGACGCCAGCACGUCGAUUCACGACCAAUUUUUUUCUCGUCAAACUCCACAAGCGCACGGCAGAAUCUUCGAAACCUGCGCACAUCAGUUGUCCGUCAUUGGUUACAGCAGCUGAGGUCAGACUAGAGAAGUUAAAAAACAACAUUUAACAACAAGAAGAAUACAAGAUUUCACGAUGGUUAUAUACAUUCCAUGGAUGAAAAAUACAAGGGUAGAGGGACAACUUGCCAAACUUACACUGUCGAAAGAUGAUCUGAUUAAACAAAUGAAACUAAUAACGGAGGACAUGAACAAUGGACUUGCAGCCGAUGAAGAAACAAGGCUCAAGUCUUCAAUAGCAAUGUUAGUAACAUAUGUACGAAAUACACCAUCUGGAAAAGAAUCUGGUGACUUUUUGGCUCUUGAUCUUGGUGGAACAAAUUUCCGUGUUUUGUUGAUCUCUAUUGAACAAAAUCACAUCACCAUGGAUAGUAAAGUCAUGCCUAUGAGCAAGGACCUGAUGACCAGUGAUGCGGUUACAUUAUUUGAUUACAUUGCUGAGUGUAUUUGUAAUUUUGUAAAAGAAAAAAAUGUACAAGACAAAGUGCUACCUUUAGGGUUUACCUUCUCCUUCCCGGUGAAAAUGUUAAGUCUCACUUCAGGUGUACUAGUCAAGUGGACAAAGGGCUUUACAGCAUCUGGAGUGGAGAAUAAGGAUGUGGUUGUCCUUUUAAAAGAAGCUCUCCUUCGAAAGAAGGAAUACAUGAUUGAAAUUGUUGGUUUGGUCAAUGAUACCACUGGCACACUUAUGUCUUGUGCUUGGGAAGACCAGGAGGUCACUAUAGGUCUUAUUCUUGGUACAGGGACAAAUGCCUGUUACAUGGAGCGUCUGGAAAAUGUUGCAAAAUGGACAGGAAAAAUUGAUGAACCAAAACAAGUCAUUAUUAAUACCGAAUGGGGAGCAUUCGGGGAUAAUGGCUCUUUGGAUUGGAUACGAACCGAAUAUGAUCGAGAGGUUGAUGCAAACUCUUUGAACCCUGGAAAUCAAAUUUUUGAGAAAAUGAUCUCGGGAAUGUAUCUCGGAGAGAUUGUGAGACUCGUUUGUGUACACCUGAUCUCAAAAGGAUUACUUUUUGGUGGCUUGUGCACUGAGAAGAUUGCCAAGAGGGAAAACUUCUUGACAAAAUAUGUGUCAGACAUAGAAAGUGGCCAACCAGAAAGAAUCAACAAGGUUUUGCAAGAGCUCGGUUAUGAUGAGCAGAAAGCAGAAGAUGUAGAUCGUCUUAAACAAAUCUGUCAUGUUAUGUCAGAAAGAGCUGCACGUCUUGCCUCUGCUGGCCUUGCAGCAAUAGUCAAGAAAAUUGGACGCUCUUGUUGUACUAUUGCUGUGGAUGGUUCAUUGUUUAAGAAACAUCCAAAAUUUAAGACAUACAUGGAGAGUACACUGAGUGAACUUCUUCCUGGGAACACGAUAAAAUUAAUGUUAUCUGAAGACGGAUCAGGCAAAGGAGCUGCACUUGUUGCUGCUGUUGCAAGCCAACAACAAACAUGAAAUAUACUGACUUAUUACGGUGAUAUUUUUACUGUCAUGGACUGUAUUAUGCCUUUUAUUGCACAAAGCAAUGUUACUUUAAAGAAAUAAAUGAUAUACUAUUUUGCAAUUGCA